GCUCGCGGUAUCUCUCGCUUUCUCCCUCUAGCGGCCGGUCCGUGAACAGCGCCCUGGGCGAGAGACCGUUGGCUUUCUAGCCCGCCUAGCAACGAAGCCCCUGCAGGAUGGAGCCGAAGGAGGAGAAGGAGAAAGAGCCAAAGGAUGUCAAGAUGUCAACCGUCUACCUCGGCUUCUUUCCGACUGCGGUCACGGAAGAAAAACUGGAGGAGGCUCGUCAGAAAUCCAUCCGUCGUAUUUUUGGGACCACCGACAGCUUGCGGUACAUUAAGGACCCCAACAAAGUGGGGACUUACGAAGGCAUCCUGCAGCAGAAAAUAGAAGAGCACUGUCAGGAAGGCAACCGAUUUUUCUCCCAGGGAGAAUGGGAAAAAGCCAUCGUGUGCUUUAGUAAAGCCUUAAAUCUGGAUCCUGACAAGGUGGUGCUGUACGAGAAAACGGCCGAAGCUUUCCUCCAGCUUUGUGACUUCCAGUCCGCUGCUCAGCACCUCCGGAAGGCUUAUUCGAUGUCAGCAGCAAAGGAGACCGUGGCAGCCCGCCUGGCAUUCGUUCUGCUGCUCCAGGGCCAGUGUCUAUAUGAGCAACGAGUCUACCUGGAUGCCCUGGAAUCGUUCACACGAGCCUCAGAACUGCAGCCUCUGAGUACACUUUAUCGCAUGCGGAGGAUCGCCUGCCUUGCAGCCUUGAAAAGAUACAACGAUUGUCUUCAGAUGGUCAACGAAGAAGCUUCGCGGGAAACGAAAAACCCGGACCUUUUCGUCCUGAGGGCUCGGCUUUAUGAACACUUCGGGAAAGUGACUUUAUCUUUUUACAACAUCCAAGAUGCUCUCCGGUUGGAUCAAGAGCACACGGAAGCUCGGGUGAUGCUCAGCAAGUGGAAGAGACGGGCGCAGAAAGCUAAGGACCAAGCGGUGAACAAGGCGGUGAAGGGAAGCCUGAAAACGGCCUUGCUGAAGAUCAACCAGGCCAUUGAGUAUAACCCUGUGGAUGCUGGCUAUUUCCUGUUCAGAGGGAGCAUCCUGCGGCGGCUGAAAGACUUUGGCGGGGCCAUCGACGACUACCUGAAAGCGGUGGACCUCAGCCAGGGGGACGAGGAAGGCCACGAGGUUCGCUCGGAAGGCCAGAAGCAGGUCCUCCGGACGUACAACGACUUCGCCGUCCACUGUUACGCCCGGGGCUGCUACGAAGAAGCCGUGCUGCUCCUCAACAAAGCCAUCCAGGGGGAGAAAAGCGAGCAGGGCCUCUACGUCAACCGAGGAGACUGUUUCCUCCAACUGGGGGAGCGUCACUUUGCCCUGGAGGAUUAUCGACAGGCCCUGGAGCUAAAACCUCUGGCCCCCAGCCUGCAAAAACGCGUCGCCCGGUUGCACAACGAGAUGGGCCUCCAGGAGUUCCGGGAGAGGCGAUACCCCCAGGCGGAAUCUCUUUUCUCCCAAGCCAUCGAGCACAACCCUCGGGAGCUGAAGUAUUACCUGCAUCGGGCCAAGAGCCGCAUGUUCCUACAGGAGGUGAUGGGGGCCAAGGAGGACCUGGUGACAGCUUUGCUGCUGGAUCCUAAGAGGGAAGAGGCCCACGUUCUGGCCAAUAACUUCUUUCCCGGGGAAUCCAUCCAUUCUCUGCUGAACAGUAAAAUCUGCACUCUUGCAAAAGCUCUUUUGAAUCGGAGGCUCGAGGCCUCUCCAGCAUACGAGGUCCCAGCUUCCCGCGAAAGGCUGGAAGGGCGAGGAAAAGAACCGCCCAACGACGCGUACGUCCUAAACGAAGACCCGGGAAAGUCGAGAUUGGAGAAGAAAGAGAAGAAGCCCCAGGAUCACGAAGAGAGGAGGCUGGCUGAGCGGUUGGCUGCCUGCCAGAGGAAAGCUAACGAAGUAAACCAAGAGCUGAAGGGCGUUCGAGAGAAGAAGGUGUCACUCCGCCCGGCUAGUGUCCGGUUGGAUCCGAACCCCCAUCUGACCGAAAGGGAGCAGCGGCACUCGGAAGAACCUUAUCACUGGAGGAAGUUCACCCAAGGCAUCGGACCCAGCUAGGCUUGCGGCUUGCUAAAGCAGGAUACAGUACUUCGCAGUUUGGCCCCUAAACUUCAUUUCCUCCCUUCCAUCCAUCCUCCCAUCCUUCCUCUCUUC